CUUUUAACACCUGAACCAGUCGGGCACGUGUCAGCUUCACCGCGAUAUUUAGUCAGUAAACCAGACGUUCUGACCGCAAGAGCACUUGUUCGGCAAAAAUGAAGUCGGCGCUGGUGUUCGUGGCGUACCUGGUGGUGUCGAGUCUGACCGUUGAGGGAGUCGACAUCCACACGCCCUUGAGGGUCGGGGCCUGGAACGUCCAGCGCCUCGGGCAAACCAAGAUGGGCAAGCCUGAGGUGGUUUCUCUCCUAGUUCAGGUACUCCGCAGAUACGAUGUUGUGGCGGUGCUGGAGGUGCGAGACGUCUCAGAGGAAACGCCGGUCCUCCUUCUGGAUGCUCUCAACAGCGGACUGAAUGACACGUACAGUCUCUCGCUGUCUGCGCGCGUGGGGAGAAGCUCGCAGAAGGAGCAGUACGCCAUCUACUACAAGCCUUCAAGGGUGACUUUGGUGUCCACCUACCAGUACCCGGACACGCCCGACGCCUUCGAGUACGACCCCUACGUGGUCGUGUUCAGGGAUUCGAAUCAGCUGACGUUCGGAAUGGUCUCGAUCCACACCAAACCCACCGACGCCGCCACGGAGAUUGAUGCCUUGGUGGACGUCUAUGAUGACUUCAGGUCGCUUCCAGAAGGCGUUGAUGACGUGAUAAUCCUCGGCGACUUCAACGCUGGCUGCGACUACGUGACGAGCACUGACUGGCCCAACAUUCGGCUCCGGACCCAAGGGUCGCGCUUCACGUGGCUCAUCUCCGAUCAUGCUGACACGACCGUCAAAGGCACUACUUGCCCUUAUGACAGGAUCGUGGUAUCGGGAUCCAGCCUAAAGAGUAUCGUGUACUCAGGCUCCGCUGAACCUUACUACUUUGAUGAGGCGCUCGGACUCACGGAUCAGACGUUGAUUGAGGACACAAGCGACCACUACCCCGUGGAAGUCCGCCUGCGAGGUGCUGUGGCCCCAGAGGUGUUGGCAACCACGACUCCCAACAUCGCCGUCAGUGUCACUUUCAACGCCACUGCGUCAGGCAUUACGAGCAUCACUGGGAACCUCGCCUGCGACCAGGAUCUUGUGCUCUUCCGUUGGAAGGUAGACAAUUUAGAAACUGCAAAAAAAUCAGUUUCGGAUUUCGCUUCUGAUAACAGCGGUCUUGUGCCUCCUGAGGCGGUGUCCGUGCUGUCCUACAAGCUAGAUGAAGGAGCAAUGACAGAUCCUACGUUAUAUGGCGACGGCCUCAGCUCUCCCGAGUACACGAUCACCCUGUUAUGCUCAGUUUCCCAGGCUUCAUGCUCGCUCUCCGUCACCACCCCGACGCUGGUCAACUGAAGCGAACAAUAUUGCAAAGUGACAACGAUGCAACGGCGGGGCAAAAAGAGAGGAACCAUAGAGUUUUAUAAAGGAACUGUGACCUGGAGGGUGAGAGAGGAAGAAGGGAAAAAAAAAGGAGUAUAGAUCAGAGGGCGAAGCAAAAGCGAGGAAAAAAAGGGGGGAAAACUACAAAGCAUUUAGACGGACUUUUGGAGCUAAAGGAACGACACGAAAUGUAAACUAAAAAGCUUUGGCAAAAAUGAAAUAGACAUAUAUGUUUUGAACUGCCACUGCAAACACGAGCGAGCUAAAGAAAAAAACAAACAAACAAAAAAAAAAACAUGACAAACCCCGCGAAAGCGAUUCUGUGGUGUUCGUAUUUUCUAUCAGUAAAACGUCGCAUGAAAAGUAUUUGAAAGAAUAUUUUUAUAUAGUUUGGUGGAAAUGAAAGUUGUGAAGUUAGAAAUCCCAUAUAUUUUUCCAAUAUUUUUUUUUUCUGUCGGAAGUCUUCAUAUCAAAACUUUUAUAAAAAUAUUUUUUUUCUGUCCUCUCUCUCACUUUACUGAGUUCAUGAAUAAAUAUCUUGCAAUUCA